AGCGAACAGUGCCGGGAAAUACAGCAGUGGAACCGCACUGGCUCCGAUGCUCGUGCUGAUCUCAGUGUGCCAGAACAAUGUAAAUCUGUGCGAGUGGCUCUUCCUUUCUCGUCUCAGCCUCAUCUGGACGCACCUCAGCUGCACCUUGAGCGCCUGACAAGUGUUGUUUCAUAGUGUGAGGGGGGGGGGGGGAUCAUCGGACAGAAGCGACCCCCCGCGUGAAACUGGGACCUGCCGGCUCUGGGGAGCUCUGACAAGUCUUUUGAGAGUGGGAUGAACCAAAGUGCAGACUGUUGAGAUUUGUUCCUUCCUCCCGUCAAGAAGAUCCAUCUGGCCCCGUCCUCUGCAGCCGGUCCUCGUUUGAAGGAGGCAGCGCAUCUCUGUUCUUUCAAGGGACGCUGCACCUAGUCUUUGACGAUGAAGUUUAACUUGUUCAGAAGGCCAGAGGCCAUGGCGGCCGCCGAGCCCACCGGUGCCACCGGUGCCACCACCACCGCCACCGGGUCUCCCACCCCGGCCGUUAUCUCCACCACGUCGCUGGACACCUCCGGCUCCAACGGCACCGAGAUCAGCAAGAAUGACAUGUUUGAGGAAAUCAAGAGCAAGUUUUUGAAUGAAAUCGACAAAAUCCCACUGCCUCCGUGGGCUCUGAUUGCCAUCGCUGUGGUGGCCGCAUUGCUCAUCCUCACCUGCUGCUUCUGCAUUAUCAAGAAAUGCUGCUGCAAGAAGAAGAAGAACAAGAAAGGGAAGAAGGGCAAGGACGGCUUCAACAUGAAGAACAUGCAGGGAGGCGAGACACACCAGGACGACGACGACGACGAAGAAGGGGAGACCGGACUGACGGAGGAGGAGAAGGAGGAGGAGGAGAAAGAGGAGGAGAAACUGGGCAAGCUGCAGUACUCGAUAGAUUACGACUUUGAGAACACCAAGCUCACGGUUGGCAUCCUUCAAGCUGCCGACCUCAUCUCCAUGGACUCGGGCGGAACCUCCGAUCCCUACGUCAAGGUCCACCUCUUCCCCGACAAGAAGAAGAAGCAUGACACCAAGGUGCACAAGAAGACGCUGAACCCCGUCUUCAACGAGACGUUUGUGUUCAAGGUGCCCUACGAGGAACUUGGGGGCAAGACGCUGGUGAUGUCCGUGUACGAUUACGACCGAUUUUCCAAACAUGACGUCAUCGGAGAGGUGAAAGUUCCCAUGAACACCAUCGACCUGGGACGGCCGAUCGAGGAGUGGAAGGAUCUGGAGAGCGCAGACCAAGAGGAGCCUGAGAAACUGGGAGACAUCUGCAUCUCGCUGCGUUACGUCCCCACCGCUGGAAAGCUCACCGUCUGCAUCCUGGAGGCAAAGAAUCUGAAGAAGAUGGACGCCUGCGGACUAUCUGAUCCCUACGUCAAGAUCCAGCUGCUGCAGGGUGGUAAGCGUCUGAAGAAGAAGAAGACUACGGUGAAGAAGAACACACUAAAUCCGUACUACAAUGAAUCCUUCAGCUUUGAAAUCCCCCUAGAGCAGAUGCAGAAAAUCUUGGUGGCGGUCACAGUGUUCGAUUACGACAAGAUCGGUAAGAACGACGCCAUCGGGAAGAUCUUCGUGGGCAGCAAGGCGACCGGUCUGGGCCUGAAGCACUGGUCCGACAUGCUGGCCAACCCGCGCCGCCCCAUCGCCCAGUGGCACGCAUUGCAACCCGAGGAGGACAUUGAUGGUCAGCUGGCGUCUUUGGCUGCAAAGAAGUAACAUGCUCCACCGACCAGCUAAUGCACUAACUCAGAAAUCCAACCCCCCCCCCCCCCCCCCCCCCCCCCCCUUACUUUGCAUGAAACCCAUGACUUAACACGUGGCGACUCGUCGCGACAACUGCUCAGCAAAAAAGAGACAUCGUAGAAUAUCUUGCUCAUUCAUUCACGGUAAAGACGGAAAAAAAAAAAACCCAAACUCUUUUUAAACAUCACAUUUCCCACGUUAGUGUUGGCUGAGAAGAGUGGCGUCGGGCUAUUGAUUGGGCGAAGGGGUUCCUGAACGAUCGACUCGUGGUCUUUCUUUCGUCGGAAGAAAACGUAGAAACUGAUUCUUAGGGUGCUGACACUGAACGAAAGUCUCGGUGAAGACGAUUCUGGAAAUAGAGCUUUAGUUUAGUUAGUGGCGCAUGCUUUACUUACCUCCCCCGCUGCUCUGCAUUCACCACGUCCAGCGUUGUAUCUUGCUAAUAAGUGUGCUAUAACUUGCAAUAGAAAGUACCGUAGUACGGGGCUAUUUUUUCCCGCACAGAGUCCGGCACUCCGUUUGAGUCUAUUCAUGCAAACAACAUUUGGUUGAGGACGAGUGAGGUCGAGGUCGUUGGAUUGCAAUGUGUUGUAAAAAAAAAAAAAGGAAAAAAGAAAAAAGGAUCAAUUCAUUUCAUCAGCUCACGUUUGAGGAGGAGAUGCACACAGUGCAGUCGCGUACAGUGUGGGCAGGGACGCCAGCGUCAUCUGCUCUUUGUUGCUUUGUUUUUCUGUGUUGCCACGAAGGAGCCGCCUAUGCAUUUGAGGUUCAACACACGUUCGUCUGUGUCUUCGGACAGAUCUAAUGUAGUGCAGGAACACAAAGGGUGCCUUUCCUGAUACAGUAGGCGUCGGUGUCUACACACUGCGAAUGUGCCAUCUGAAAUAUGUCUUGAGCUGCGUUGACCGCUUGGAUGUAAAAACCUCGCUCGCCCACACAGGGACGCGGGGCUACCAGAGGGUUUACCAAUGAAGUUCAAAACAACUAUCACAAUGCUUCCGGAUUCCGCUGUUGCGUCCGAAAAAAUUGCUACCUGUCGCAUUUUGUUUUUUAAAUAUCCAUUCAACUGAAUACAUGUCUUUCUUUGAAGAAUGUAGUAGUUUACACUAAAGCCAACGUAAGUACCGAUAAGACAAAGAUGUUUUCAUAGAGAACUGAUGUUGAAAGCUGCAACUGCACUUUUAAAGCGAACGGGGGGGGUUCAACUACAAAAUGCAGGUUUGUGAAAUGUCAACAACGUGCUCCAUCAAACAUAUGACAUAUGACACAAUAUACAUGUCCAGGAUCCAUUCGCUUGAACCAAAUAGAGCCGCAGAGUCGAGCAUGUAUCACACCAUCAGAGUAUUUCACGUUGUUUAGAACAAUCAUUCAUUAGACACAAGCUUUGUAAAAACCUGCAGGCGACGUGCUGCAACAUGGUGGCGUUUAAACUUCAUCACAGACUUGCUGUGUCAGUGUGACGUGCAGAGGAAUGGAGGUGAAGAGGCCAUCAGGCUUUUGACCAACUGAACACCCGGUUGUGAUUUUAAAAAGAAAAGACUGCUGCAUUAAUAGGACUAAUAGAAUUCAUUUGGAGAAUCAUCCGACUGAAUUCAAGAGGUUCUUUAGGAAGUCCUCAAGGUGAUUUUAAGAAUUAAAAAAAAAAAAAAUCAAACUCUUUUUUUAGAGUCCAAGAAUCAAGUAAAAUCAAUGUUUAAGAAUCGAGCAGAACAAACAGUUUUAAACUAUUAACGAAUAUAUAUAUAUAUUUAAAUUGAUUACAUGGCCACUUUUUGAUAAGAAAAUAAAGUUAAAUUCAUUUAGACACCAGUGUCUUUGUCCUGUUUUUUUAAAAUUAAAUUUAAAAAGAUAAAAUAGUGUCUAGGGAUGAAAUGAACCACACAUGGGAUUUGAAAUUGUCGUGAUGCAGACUUUGGUAUAAUUAGUGUCACAAUAUGCAAUAAACUCGGACAAGCUGCUGCAACUUAGGGUUUGUUCAAAGCAGAUUACACUUUUUGAGUCAUGUAAUCCGAGAAAGAGAAGUUCAAAUGUGAGGACAGACUUCAGUUUUCCCUCCGAAUGUGCGUAAGUUGUAAAAUCCACAUGAUCGCAGUCUUUCUUUGCCACCAGGGAUAAGGGUGACUCUAAAAGGAAGGAAAACAGCAGCGCACAGAUCGGUCCACCAACAGUUCUUCUUCCUAGCGUUGACAUUAUGCAUUGCUCAGAUCUGUGAAUAGGCUACAGCAUGUAUUGACAAGACGAUGUAAAUAGCAGCAUGUCUUAAAGAAGAGUCAUUAUUAUAUUGUGUAUGUGUGUGUGUUUGUGUUCUAUGUCAUUUUUGAUAAUAAAAAGAGAGUAAAAGAAAAAACUGAGUAUGCACUGACUGCAAAGUGUAUGUAUUUUUGCUAAAUGGGAAUGAAUGUAUGUCUGAAUAAUUCAUGUUCGGGUUCACGGGCUCCUUUAAAGCCUGGAAUUAUAGCAGGGUUGCUUUAUGUGAAGAUCCACUUAGUUUUGCCAUAAAACUGCACGAGUGUCUACUUUUCUGUCAUUGUUAUGUGUGUGUGUGUCCCUCUGUGCUAAAUCCAGUGUAACUGGGCUACAGGUCAUGUAAUUAUUGUUCAUUAUGCUUGCACUUGUUAUCGCAGUUUCGGUCGCUGACCAGUAAACUGUACAUGUAAAAAAAAGAAAGAAAAGAAAAGGAGAAUAUUUGCUGGCUCCUUGUUUUUCUAUCUCAGUGUACCAUAAGUGUUUCCUUCAUUUACUCCUGCCAGAUGAGUGUCAAGUCAUAGUUAAUCAAAUGUAGUGGACAACUUUUUUUCCUUUCUUCAUUUCCCGUGCUUCAUACAGCAAAAUUGUACAUUUUCGUCUUAUUGCUAUUCAAAUAAACCUGCUCUCAUCUGUCUGGUCAUACAAAAGAAGUGAGUGAAAUCAGUAUUUUGCAUUUAAAAUGAACCCAUUUUUUUAAAGAGCUAUUAAAAACAGUAUUUUUAAAAUUUAUUUUCUGAGUUAGUGUGUGUGAAAUACUAUUACUGCAUAUUAUUGAUGCAGUCCUCUUGAAGUAGCUCCGGUCUGAUAAUCAGGCGAUCAAUAAUCCUUUCAUUACCAAACGUCACUUUGCGAGUGAACACACAGUUCAGCUAAUGGGCUGCAGUGGGAUGAGCCGGUGUUGUGUCACCUGUGCAUGCAAUGAGAUAUCGAUUGCUGUAUCUGUCGUGACAUCUCUAAUGUGGGGAUUUUUUUUUUUUUUACAAAUUCAUACAGUGGAUGAAGAUGAACAAUUACAGUUUUCACCGUGACAGUCCAUCUCUCAGAGUAUAACGUGUCUGUGUCCCUGGGGUUUGGAGGAAGACAGACAUUGCACGUUCACAUGUUUAAUAUCUACAAGAUUCAUUUCCACAGUCUGUUGUCAAAUGUAAGUUCAUUAGAAGCGCCUCAUUACAUUCCUCUCUACAACUUGUGUAAUUUCUCACUCUCGUCUACAUAUUGUGUCUAUCUACAUCCAAUCUAUAGUCUCAGUGUCCUAUUUUGUGUAUCUGCAAUAAGACCAAUUGAUCCUGUGUUUGUUUGUUUGUUUGUUUGGGGUUUAAUCGGGGAAAUACAGUAUAUGAAUUUGUCCCUUCUCUGCAAUGCAGGCAACAGAAUCCCUGUCUUCCUGGGUCUCACGAGCUGUCUUGAGCACAGCGUCGACCCAUUCAGUGCAGAACAACAUUCGCAAUGCAAUACUGCCAACCUGCUGCUUCAGUAAACCUGCUGGCUCCUCCUAUGUGUACAUAUAUCCACGACACAGAACAUCCAAAGAGACGAUUGUAAUGCACCCACCUACUGAGCAACAUAGACAAGGGAACUGCUUGAAUUUAACUCGUUUUUUGUCUCGUUGUAGAGGUGUGUCGCUAGUUUUUGUGAGCUGCAUGAUUUAUUUCCUUACAAAAAAAUCCAUGUUUUCCAGCAAAGGAGACAACAAAAAGACCAAAAAACUUGUACUCAUAUAUCACUCUGUAGAACUGGAGUACUCAAGGGAACCAAAAUAUGGGAUGUUGUCAGGGCUUAUCUCUGUGUUGUAAAAAUGUAAUCAUAGGAAAUAAAGGCAUUUUAAGUA